CGAUAAAACAAAUUGGCGGGAUUAUCAAACCCUACAGCAAAUCAUUUUCCCGCUCUCCUCUCUCCCUCUAAUUCACUCAUCUCUCUGUAACUCAUGCCUUUCCAGAUCUGAAAUAAUCAUAAUCAAAAUGGAGGAACUUCAACUAACCUCAUCUUCCAUUACCGAUAUACAUAAAGCAUGGCACAUUUUCGCUCUUCUAUUAUCAACAGGUCGUCCAGUUCAUCCAUCACAACUUUCAUCAAAAUGCACAUUAUUUUCCACUUCACCGGAAUUCAUUGAAUUUCUCUGUUCAAUGCCUAAUUCACCUCUACAUUUGACGAGCAAUUACUUCGUCACGUUUUCGCCCAUUGGAUUCACAACAACCGUUAAAUUCUUCGCUAAUGCGAAUGCGUUUAAGGAUUUCCUGCCUCGGCUCGAGUUUCGAGGUAUUAUGAGGACCUAUUAUAGGAAAAGGAAGAGAGCUGGAUCGGAUGUUGACGAUUUACAUUUGGUUAAUAAAAGAGGAUUUUUCAACAAUUUUGAUGUUAAGGAAAGAAGCCAAGUUAUGAUGCCUUUUCGGAGGAUUUGUGGACAGGCAUAUCUCCCCAAUGACAAUUUGAGUUGUGGCAAGAACCAGUUGACAAGAAUACCAUUGUCAUUGGCUUGCGAUUUCAACGGAUGUAAUGAAAUGUUCAGAACUUCUUGGAUAAUUGAUGGUAGUGCCAGACCAUCAAGUUCUGGACUUAAGAGUAUUGAAUAUGGACGCGAAGACAAGAUAGACAGAGGAGAAAACAGUAAUGAAGAAAAUUUUGUACAUAUACCUAUCUGUAAAUCUAAAGUUCUUAGUCAUAACCUGUUCAGCUCCCCUAGAUCAACAGCAGUUAGUAUCACAGACCCCAUGCUUCAGUUAAAGCCACUUCCUACCAGUUCAUUGGAAACCACAUGUACCUGUACAGCUGCUGAGAUGGUUGGUACUACAGAAAAGAAAAUAAACUCUGGCAUAAAUUCCUGUACAAUAGUGGACAAAGAAAUGGAAAUUCCGCUAUCUGCAGCUGAUGCUUCUGUCCAGGAUUUUGAAAGGAUGACUCAAAAGGAAAAUUUUAUGGAAGGCAACGAAGAAGAACCAGCUUCGUAUCCUGUUAGCAAUAGAAAUGUUAACUGCACUGAGACUCAUCCAACAAAGGUGAACAUAUCACCUCAAGAUUCUCAUGCAGAGAAUGCUACCAAGAAUUGCACGACUUCACUUCUCCACAUAGAUAGAGCAGAAAAAGAUGAGCCUCUGCAUGGCCAUGCCAUCUUGACGCCCACACAAUCUUUUGGUCAUAAGCAGCUGGGAAAAUCAUCCCCUAAUUCAAAACCCUCUCAGAGGGAUGACGGGGAGCCGAGGAAUUCCAAGGCACUGAAGAAUCAUAAUGCCGCCAGUCUGCUUCUCGACAAAGAGCAACUCAGAAAAGAUGCAAAGUCAAUUCCUAUGAAGCUGAAGCAUAAACAGAACUAUGACUUGGGUAUGAGCAUUAAAGAGAGGAAGGGAAAUCCAAAAGAUAAUGGGGAGAAUUUCGUGUGUAACUCCACAAAAAAUCAAUUGGAGCAAAAACAGUUGCCUAACUUUGAGUCCUAUAUUGUGGAGGAAGAAGAGGGUUCAGGUGGUUAUGGGACGGUGUACAGGGCAAGAAGAAAGAGUGACGGAGUGAAGUUUGCAAUUAAAUAUCCUCACCCAAAUGCUAACAGACAACAUGUCCAAAAUGAGUUAAAGAUGCUAAAGCGCUUUGGGGGAAAGAACUUUGUAAUUAAGUAUGAAGGAUCAUUCAAGAAUGGAAACUCUGACUGCCUUGUUCUAGAGCAUGUCGAGCAUGAUAGACCAGAGGUCUUGAAAAGAGACAUGGAUGUUUCCCAGCUCCGGUGGUAUGGCUAUUGCAUGUUCAGGGCACUUGCUGGUUUACAUAAACUAGGUAUUGUUCAUAGAGAUGUUAAACCUGGAAACUUUCUCUUUUCAAGAAAGCUUAAUAAAGGUUACCUCAUCGACUUUAAUCUUGCCCUGGAUCUGCACCAAAAAUAUGGAACAUCAGACAAGGAAAAGUCGAGCCAUGGUGCAAGCUUUAACAGUGGUCCUAUUCCCCUCGCCAAGUCUCUUCCUCCAAUUAAACAGAGAAGAUACUCAACUGCAAAAGUUGAGGAAGGCAUCAAUGAGGAAGCAGCAAAAGGCAUGAAGUCUCUAAUACGGCCCAAAAACCUUAAAAGGAAGGCUGACAAACAAAAGGUUGGCGCUGAUGGUUCGGGGAUAACCUCAGCAAAGGAUGCCACAAGCAAUAGGACACCAUCAGCAGAAAGGUUGAGAGAACCCCUUAUAUAUCAAGGUAGGAAGGAGUAUAUGAACCUAGCACAGGAAGCACUUCAAGGUUCUAACCAUGUAGAUACGAAUGGUCCAACUUCCAAGAGAAAGCGGGUUGCUGCAAGUCCCGGAAAAGUAGAAAGGAAGUAUUACAUAACUCCAAUGCCAUUGCAUUCAUCUGGAAUUGCCAUUGGUGGUGCUGGUUUACUGAAAAGCAAAGGGGACGGGAAGCAAAACCGAGAAGGACCAUGUGUUGGAACCAAGGGUUUCAGAGCUCCAGAGGUGCUAUUCAGAUCUUCACAUCAAGGUACAAAACUUGAUAUCUGGUCAGCUGGAGUUACUUUACUGUAUUUCAUUAUUGGCCGAACACCAUUUGCUGGAGACCCUGACCAGAACAUAAAGGAAAUAGUCAAAUUGAAAGGAAGUGAAGAUUUGUGGGAAGUGGCCAAACUACACAACCGAGAGUCUUCAUUUCCAGCGGAUUUAUUUGACGUGAAAUCUCUGUCGCCUGUAAAGUUACGAGAUUGGUGUUCAAGAAACACCCGAAAAUCAGAUUUUCUAGAGAUCAUUCCACAAUCACUUAUCGAUCUUGUGGACAAGUGUUUAACGUCGAACCCAAGAUUGAGGAUUAGUGCAGAGGAAGCCAUCCGGCAUGAGUUCUUUGCUCCAUGCCAUGAGGCUUCUUUGAGAAAGCAUAGGCUGUAUCGUCAAGGGCUCAGCCAAGAGGGCCAAAGCCCAGGGUCUACACUUCCCUUACCAGAAAAUUCUCAAACAUGUGGAGUAUUGUAAACAAAGUACAAGUAGCUUUUUGAAGUUUUUUUUUUUUUUUCCUUUUGACCUGUUGUCAUGUAAAAAUAGCUAACAAAUGAAUGUAAUUCUUUCAACAACUCUUGAAUUUAGUGUAGUCUUAUGCUUUACUGAUGUUGUAUCUUAACUCAUUUAUAGAAAUUUAAGGCUAUUGUGCAUUAA